UUAAAUAUGAUUAUAAACAAUAGUUCAGUAAUAAUUGAUCAGUUUUGCACUAAAGGUGGAAAAAUACAUAGAUUGAUUCCUUACUUAAACAGUACAUUACUUGGUAGUAUUUAGAUUUUUAAUCAUUUAUCUAAUUUUUAAUUGGUUUUUAAAGGAUCACCCGAGCCCAUUGAUGAAAAAAAGAAAAAGAAGAAAAAGCAGUCCACCAGCAUGGAUAUUUUGAGGGAGCUCAAGAACAAAGGAACAUUUCAAGGCAAGUUAAAAAAUCCCACCAGCCAUGAGCAAGGCCAACCAACAAAUUGGAGUCCUCCUGUCGCCUGUGAGCACUGUCUAAGUCUCCAGGAGGAGAACAGAAAGCUGUUGAUUAAAAAUAUGGACUUGAGAGACAAGCUAAAAACACUGAAAAUGUUACCAGGCAUUGUGCAAAAGCUGGAGAGUCUUCUUCAAUCAGAACUACCUGUGCUAGCUGGUCCCACUACAGCCAAGUCAACUCCUGAGGCUCCAAGUUUGUCUUCAUCAACAGACAAUGGACCUGAUCCCGAACCAGUGAUAACAAAAGCACUGAUUGAUAGAUGUACUUCCCACAACCCACAAAAAUUUGUGAAUGAGUUGCUGCAUGGACUUUAUACAAGAGAAUACUGGCAAGCCAUUCAGUGACUGGGGUCCAGUCAUCAAAAGGCACUCCAGUUAAGCCGCCCAUCCCUAAGAAGGACUUGGAGGAAAUAACAAGAGCUGCCAAGGCCAGAUUUCCUUUUCUUCAUGAAAGCAAUGUCAGGUCAAUGAUUCGGCAAAAAUUAAACAAUUCAGCCAAGAUUUUCAUCAAAAAUGAGCAAUGAAAAAAUAAAUAAAUGUUCUUAAGA